AUGCCCUCCGCAAUUGGCCUGCCCUCGCAAUACACAAUGACCGAACUCGCGGAUCGGAAGCGGCCGCGCGCCGACAACGACGAGACACCACGCAAGUCCAAGAAAGCCAAGGAGGGCGAGGCCGACAAGAGGGAGAAGAAGGACAAGAAGGACAAGAAAGACAAGAAGGACAAGAAGGACAAGAAGAGCAAAGAAAAGGAAAGCAAAGAGAAGAAAGAGAAGAAGAGCAGAGAAAACAGGAAAAGCCACCUCAGCCUGCCGUCCGACGACCCGGACGCCGCCGUCUUUCCCUUUUACACGCAGACCAUCUCCCUCUGGGUGCCCCUCUUUCCGCUCGGCUUCGACAAGCCCGUCACCAGCGCCGCCACCCAGCAUCUGGCCGGCCUUGUCGACCACUAUGCGCCGCAGCUCGGCGGCUAUCUCUUGGCCUACCGCAAUGUCAACCUGUCCGAAACCGCUACCCGUGCCGACCCCCGCAACCCUCCGACGGAUGCCACGCCGGCUACGCUCACCUCAAUUGACGAGUACGCCGUGGGUUUUGGCUGGAUGACAGCCGAUGUCGACCUCUUUGUGCCAAGCCGCGGCGCCUGGCUCGAGGGCACCGUCAUCCUCCAAAACGAGGGCGCCAUUGGCGUCAGCUGCUGGGACAAGUUCAAUGCCAGUAUUGAGGCGGCACGGUUGCCCACAGGCUGGCAGUACGUCGAGCUGGAGGACGUUGCGGAAACAGGUGCUGGGGCGACAAACGGCGACGACAUGGACACAGCCGAGGAUGGCGGGGCGCAAGGGGCCCCGCCAGGCGCCGCCACAGACACAGAGUCCGUCGCGCCGCUGCAGGCCACGGGGUACUGGGCAGACGCCGACGGCCGGCCGGUCGAGGGCAAGAUCCGCUUCCGCAUCAAGGACUUUGACGUCGGCCUGGCCGGCGACAACGGCUACAUUGCCAUUGAGGGCACCAUGCUGCCCGCCGACGAGGAGCGUGCACUGAAAGCCAAGGAGCGCGCACGCAUGGCCCGUGGCCGCGACAACUACAUUACAGGCCAGAAGGUGCGCCGGCUGCCCGAGUUCAGCAUCACGCAGUUUGGCAGGGAGGAGGAGGAGGAGGAGAGCGGGCAGAAGGUGGAGCUGUACAAGGGCAGUCAGCCAGGAUCGCCAGAGUAG